CUGAUGUAAACAUUCUGUAAGAGAAGCUUCGUGUCCAAGCUAGGAGAAGAGAAAUAGUCAAGCAGAAUUAUAAACACGAAAAAAAUCACUUUUUGGAUGAUACGUAUUAAUUGACGGUGGUCAACAGCUAUGGACAUCCCUGUGAAUCUGAAGGUGAAUUUCAGGGGGAACGCAGAGAAUUUCCUAGUUACAGAUUCAGAGAGGACGAGCUGGGAAUCAGUGGAAGCCAUGAUGAAAACAUCUUUUGGGUUGGGUAAUUUGCAAGUGAAGUAUUUCGAUGAGGACAACGAGGAGGUUUCCAUCAACAGUCAAGAGGAAUAUCGAGAGGCACUAAAGAGCGCAAUGAAGCAAGGAAACCAGCUUCACAUGAACGUGUACAAGGUGAAGGGUUCAGUUGGCAAGGGGCCCGUGAAGAAAGAGGCUAAAGAGCUCAGGAGUGGCCUCAGACCCUUGCCACUCUACCCCUCUAUGGUCAAGACUGUUGAUCGGGAGACACAGGUCACCGCCCCUGAGCAGGAUGUGGUAAACAUCAAAGUGUUUGCAAAGGAAGUCAAGGGGACCAAAGACCAGGACAAGGGCCCACCAGCUUGGUUCACAUCUUACAUGGAAAAGUUUAAGGACCAGGUGGUGAAGGAGACAGUGGACCAGUUGUGCCGUGAGUUCUCUGGGCAGUGCUGCGUCCACGGUCCCCCUCGAUCAUCAGCUGAGGGUCCCAAUAGAGCUGAGACCCUGGUGGCUGAGGUCAGCUCCACACCCUCCUGCAGCAGCUGCCAGGGGCUAGCUUCAGGGGGAGGCUAUCAGUGCAGUGUGUGCCCGUCUUGCACCCUGUGUGAGCUGUGCAGUUUCAGCCACGACCCCAGUCACAAUCUGGUGAGGGCCAGGACACCGCUGUCAAUCCCUGAGUACGGAGUAGCCGGAGAACUCUCCAGGUUCCAAAAGAGGGGCGACCGGAGCUUCCGCAAGGCGGAGAAGCAGCGCCUGAAGGCGGAGAAGCGGCAGCUGAAGGCGGAGGUGAAGGAGAUCAAGAAGCAGCUGAGGAUGGAGAGGAGAGGCCUGCAGCAGAGCAGCACCAGCGACGGGACCCCGCACCCUGCCCUGCUCCAGCCCCGAGGCACCCAGGCCAGCAGCCCAGAGGGGCCCAAGUUGUCUAGCCCUACCAUGAUGCCCACCAUGACUGCCCUGUUCCUUGAUGAGAAUCUACCUGAUGGGACGCGCCUGGAGCCCGGCACCAAGUUCAAGAAGUGCUGGAAGAUGAGGAACACAGGCACUGUCUGCUGGACCACAGAAACCAAGCUGAAGUUUAUGUGGGGGAACCUAGCCCUGGCAUCCAGUGACAAGCAGAAGGAGGUUGCAGUGCCCUACUUGCAGCCAGGCCAGGUCGGUGUGGUGAGCGUGGCGUUUGUGGCGCCUGUGCUGGAGGGCACCUACACCUCGCACUGGCGCCUUGCGCACCGAGGGGAGCAGUUUGGCCCUAGGGUAUGGUGUAGCAUCGUGGUGGACUCUGCAGCCAGCGCUGGGCCUGCCUUUCCCCCCAGAAAACCACAGGAGAAGGGACCCCGCCCCUCAGAGAAGGAAGGGGCAUGCUGCUCCAGCUCCAGGGACUGCGCGCUGAUGUCUGCAGGCUGCGAGAGGGAGUUCUUCAUCCCUUCCGUGGACCUGCUCACAGCUCAGGACCUGCUCUCCUUUGAACUGCUGGACAUCAACAUCGUACAGGAGCUGGAGAGGGUCCCACACAACACGCCCGUGGACAUGACGCCCUGUAUGUCUCCUCUGCCCCACGAUGGCCCACUGCAGGAGAAGCCCGGUCUGGGGCUCAUCAAGGAAGAGUCUGAGGUAUCUGGGGUGAAGAGCCUUCUGGGGGUGACAAAAGCGGGACAGGAGGAACCAUCGGGCAUCCCGGCCCAGGAGGAGGGGGAAGAGGACAUCAGUGGGACACAAUUUGUGUGUGAAACAGUGAUCCGGUCCCUUACCCUGGAGGAAGCUCCGGACCACAAGCCUUUGCGUCGACCCCGUCCUAGCAACAGCAAGGCCCUGGAACCCUCCUCACUGGAGAGAACUAUGAAGGAACCAGGAGAGAGGAGGUUAGAACCAGUUGUGGAGAUUGGCACCAAGAGUACUGAAGUCCCUCCUCUUGCUCCUGCUCUGACCCCUCCCACAGCCAUCCAGGAACAGCCUGCCAUCCCAGUGGAGUGCGUGGAGUCGGACAUUGAGCACAUUGGUGUGGACGCCAGCAGCCAGUCAGAGGAGGAGAGGGAUGAGGAUGACGGGGAGCAGGACGAGGUGCGCAGUCAGGCCUCCUCAGCCUCCUCCGAGGACUACAUCAUCGUCCUGCCUGACUGCUUUGACACCAGCCGCCCGCUGGGCGAGUCCAUGUACAGCUCGGCCCUGUCGCAGCCCGGUGCCGAGGGCGGUAUAGCCAUCGACGCUGAUCCAGAGCUGCCACACCGCACCGCCCCUGAGGGUGAGAGGGAGGGGUGCAGGACCGGUGCCCUGGCCACACCCAGGCGCAGCAGCAUCAGCGACAUGCUUUGUGCCUCCCAGACACUGGACACCGUACCCCUCACCCCAGAGGUGGUGCCUGCCCCCGCACCUCAGUCACCCCUGGUGUCUGCUCACACAAAGAGGUCUGAGGCACCCUGUGGGAUGGAGUUGGCAACAGAGGCCCUGAGCAUGAACGAACUGGCAAAGCCUGAGGGGCCUAUGGAAGGGUUCAGUCCAGCACAGCCACAGGGCCCAGCCAGCCCCUCUGAGACCUGUGACACUAGAUCGUGCACCUCCCAAGAUCUCAGGACACACGGAGGCAUCACCGGGGGCCUGGUCAAGGGAGCCCUGUCUGUUGCCGCAUCAGCCUACAAGGCCCUCUUCACCGGGCAGCCUGGCCCUGCCCAGCCCCCCACGGACGCGUCCAGCCAGGAUGCCACCAUGAUGGCGGUGCUGCUGGAGAUGGGCUUCGGCGACCGGCAGCUCAACCAGCGGCUGCUGAGGAAACACAGCUACAACCUGCUGGACGUGGUGAACGAGCUGGUGCAGAUGAGCGACAGCGAGUGGUACGCCACACGCUACUGAGGACGUAGCUGCUCCAGGCGGGAGACCAGAACACCUGCCCCCCUCACCCCUCCCAACCCCCUUUCUCCUCCCCUCUCUUACAGGACAGGUCACUUGUAGUGGAGUAAGUCAGGUCUGGGCCUGAACUGGCCCAAAUGUCACACAGAAACAUUUAUGGCCCUCCCUCUAUCAAGUGGACAGCGUGUCUCUCAGCCUUUCUCUUUGUUUCUAGGGGACAAUCUGUAAACGGCGCUGGAGGAAAGCCUUUGCACAUAGAUUGCAUAUCUUUCAUUAGAGUAACAGUGGAGUCGUAUAACGACUUCUACAAGCUGGCUUUAAAAAUGUGUUUACAUAAGUAGGUAUACAUAGGAGUAUAUGAUAGGGGCAAACAUGGGCAUAGAAUGUGUCCGUCAUUAUACCCUCCGUAAUGUAAUUAGUGUAUCUGCAUAAACUGUAUGCCAUUGCAGUAAAUUAUUUGGUACUUGGGAAGUGGCAAGAUUCUGGGCUUUCACAUUAAUAGCCACCGUUAUGGAACAGAGAUCGUAUAGAUAUUAGUUGAUACCUUCUUCAUAACGUAUGCAUGAUUUUCUGUGUGGGAAGCAAAACUAUAUUUUUUGUGACACUUGCGAGUCAGGCUUAUGCAAAUAGGCAUACACUGAUUUUAAAGGUACAUUUGGGAUCAAACAUGAGACCGCACGCUGAAUGUUACUGACCUCCAUUCUGAAAUGUCUUGCUGUUUCACAUACAUGAAGGGCCAAAGGAAAAGCUAAUUAUUGUAGAUGUGUAAAAAUGUGUCUAGCGCUUUACAGAAAAAAAUGGAACAUUCCAAUGUGUUUGUGGAACAUGUUUGAAGAGGAGAUUGUAAUAACAUUGCCUAUUUCAUGCAGUGGUUGUAGUGAUAAUCCAUAUAUACUUGUCUACACUGACUCAGCAUUUGAGGGGUAUACUGGUAUGUAAAUUGUAAUGUAUUUCUUAGUUUUCAAAGGAGAGGAGUUUUUUGUCCCAAUUCUCUCUAAGUUGAGUUUUUGAAUAUAAAGGGCUUGUGGUUUGAAAGUAAUGAUAGAAUACUUUGGGGCAUACUUAAGAACAUAACUUCUGGUGUGACUAUGCUUUUCCCUUAACUUGAAAAUGCACCUUUUUAUUUCUGUGCAGAGAAUAGUUAACUGCAUAUAAACGGCACAUGGCACAGGAGAGUGUUUACUGUGUGGAGCAGGGUGGAACUUCCUCCCUGGGGGGUAUCAGCGGUUUGCCUGCGGUCCUUCCCUUGUCAAUCAAAUUAACAGCCUUUAAUCAGAAUGCACAUCCUUCCCAGGUUGCUUCAAAGCUUAACAGUACCACCUCAGGACUGUGUACGUGAAAUGAGUAUUACGCCUUUUGCUUUUAUUAACCUCGACCUGUUCUAGGUUGUAAUACUGUAGGCAUGUGCCCCUGAAGACCUGAGGUGCUUGAGGAAAUGCUGUUUGCCUCAAAUGUGCAGGUAUUACUGUACAUGCAGAGUUAAUGUGUGGUUAAAGAAGUCACUGAAGUGCAAAGUAAGGCAAAAAAGCAGGUUCUUUUUUUAAAGAGUUAUGAAAGCAGGGUUACACAAGCAGAGGAAGUCCAUGCAUUUUUUUCCUUUUGUCAGCUCAAACAUCAUCUCCCCCCUCCCCCCGCUGUUACUGGAAGGAAAAACUGGACACUGUGCCGUGUAUUUUUUUCGUUGUUAUCAGCGGGGGUUUAGGCUUAAGCAGUGUAUGACUGGAUGCAGUGCAAUUUUAGGAACCGAAGAACUGUGGCAGUGUGUGUGUGGGGGGUGUCAUGAGUAGACACAGGCCGUUCAAAAUGAUCAAGUUAGUCAUCAUGGAAACAUUUACUGAUUGAUGACCCUCCAGUGCUAUUUGAGUUGUGAGUUUACG